AUGGGCAAGUCCUCGAUCCUAGAGGGCGGGGUCGGGCUGUUCCUGCUGGGUGGCUCCGCCCUCGCAAUCGCCCUGGUGAUUUGGGCCAAAGGCGUCGCGCUCCGCAAGGCGCUGCCAUACAAUGCAGUGUUUGAGUUCCCCCUCGCCAGCGGCAUCAGCGUGGGCACGCCAGUGCGCAUUCGCGGCGUGCAGGUCGGCAGCGUGAUUGACGUGCGCCCCAGCCUGGACCGUGUUGAUGUCCUGGUGGAGGUCAACGACGCAACCAGUGCCAUCAUACCCAGGAACAGGCACGCCACCCCGCCGCCUGGCUUGCACUCCUGGAGGCAUGUGAUCGAGGCCAACCAGAGCGGCCUUAUCGCGGAGCCCCUGGUUGACAUCACACCGCAGCUGCCGCUGCCCGUGUUCACGCGCAACCCCCUGGAGCCGGGCUGCGAGGAGGAGGGCGCCAUCGUCUGCCACAACGGACACAUCAAGGGGCAGCAGGCGCGCGGCGCAGAGGCUUGCUGGCUGCGCUGGCGUGUUCGCAUGGUGGCGCGUGAUGAGCGUCGCGAGCGAGCUUGA